AUGAUGGACGUGGACGACGUCAUUGCCCGUCAUCGGGCCCGUCUCGACGAGCACCGCAAGUUUCUGCACACCAGUCCGGCAGGUAGCACAAAGCCGCCCAAGAGCCCCGAUGGAAUCAACAGCAGCGGCAUACUGAAAACCGUCACCAGGUUUCAUGCGGUGGGGGACAACACCUUUUCGCCAUUGCCUGCAUGGCCAGGGAGUGAGGCGAGCUUUGAUGUCUCGCCGCAGCCGGACAUUAAUUCCCUCAAGCCCGGGCGAGACAAAAAAGGUCGCGUGAAAAGUGGACCCGGUAAGAAACUUCUGCACGAGCCGAAAACUCUCAUGGGGUCUGCGGAUGUCACGCCUGAGAAGUUGAAGGCUCAGGCGGCUUCCUUUUCUGGAAGGGCGGAGUUGCGUGGAGGAAGGGCCCUUGAGGCUGCGCCGCGUCGGGCAUCCAGCGGUCCAGUUUUGUUGCUCAGUAGCGACAACAACAACAACAAUAAUAAUAA